UUUAUAAAAAUUGGAAGAAUAUCUACAAAUUUAUUCCUAUUUUUAGGAAAAAGAAAUCCUAAAAAUCCAACCAAUUGACAAGUGUCUUUCCACUUAUAGUAACUUAUCCCUUAAAUUUGCCUCCCUAUCGUCGUCUCGUCUACCUAAUGACCACCGUAUCCUCUAAACCCUAAUAAUCCUAGUUUCUUCUUCCCCUUCAUGGCUCAGUCCCACCACAUCUCGCCGGAUUCCGACUCUGAACCCGGCGAAUCUAUGUCCUCCUCCUCCUCCUCCUCCUCCUCCUCCUCCUCAUCUAUCCCCCCUCAAUUUCUCCCUCAUAAUCCCACCCAAGAACCCAAACAAUCACCAGCCAUCUACCAUCUCUCCUUCAACCAAGAUUAUGGUUGCUUCGCUGCUGGCCUUGAUAAUGGUUUCCGUAUAUACAAUACCGAUCCCUUCAAGCCCCUCUUCCGCCGUGACCUUGACUCGCAGGACGGAAUCUUCCUUGUGGCCAUGCUAUUCCGCUGCAAUAUCCUAUGCUUGGUCGGUGGUGGUACUGGUCCCAUCUAUGCAAUGACCAAGGUAAUCAUUUGGGACGACUUUCAGUCGCGAUGCAUCGGCGAGCUGUCGUUCCGAUCGGAGGUAAAAAACGUGAAACUGAGGCGGGACAGGAUAAUUGUUGUAUUGCUUCAGAAAAUUUUUGUGUACAAUUUUGCGGACUUGGAGCUGCUGCACCAAAUGGAGACGGUUUUGAAUCCAAAAGGGUUGUGUGAAAUAUCCCAUACUUCAUCGCCAAUGGUGCUGGUUUGCCCUGGCCUCCAAAAGGGGCAAAUUAGAGUGGAGAAUUGUGGGUCGAAGAGAACCAAGUUCGUUAUGGCACAUGAUUCGAGGAUCGCGGGUAUGACUAUGACUCAAGAUGGCAGAUUAUUGGCUACUGCGAGUAGUAAGGGCACUUUGAUUAGGGUCUUUAAUACUUUGGAUGGCUCGUUACUGCAGGAGGUUAGGAGAGGUGUAGAUAGAGCUGAAAUAUAUAGUCUUGCAUUCUCUUCUAAUGCUCAGUGGUUAGCUGUCUCAAGUGAGAAGGGAACUGUCCAUGUAUUCAGCCUCAAGGUUGAUUCAGGUUUGAUGAUAUUGGCGAAUGAUAGAUCACGUGUUGCAUCUGAACCAAACCAUUCUAAUGGUUUAGGCAUUUCAUCUCUUUCCAUUUUGAAAGGUGUAUUGCCAAAGUAUUUCAGCUCAGAGUGGUCAGUGGCUCAGUUUCGAUUACCUGAAGGAUUGCAGUAUUUUGUUGCAUUUGGCCAUCAGAAGAACACAGUUGUAAUCAUUGGCAUGGACGGAAGCUUCUAUCGAUGUGAGUUUGACCCAGAAAGUGGUGGGGAGAUGACUCAGCUUGAAUAUCACAAUUUCCUGAAUGUAGACAAUUUCAUAAAAGCCUAGAGAAACUUUUCCAAGUUUGAUGUAAAGAUUGUUUCCAAUUUUUUACUGGCAAUUAUUGUUAAUACUGCAUGUUGUACAACUUGAAGGUACAAGAAAUUACCGAGUCGAGAAGAGCUUCCAGGCUGCGAACAGUUUGUAAAUGUCUGUAAAUAAUAGUCAUAACUCGUAAUAUGAAUCUGACUGGCAACUUAAUAUAAAAGCCUUCAUCUCCAAUUUCUUGGAA